UGUUUACGUAGAAAACAGUCUACCACCUUUAAUUUGGAAAACUAUUUGGAUAUAAUAAUUAAUAUUGUGAUUAUUUGUUACAUAAUUGUUUUACUUUUAUUUCAAACGAUAACUAUGGCUGCGAAUAUGAUGAUGGAACUGUUGAGAAAUAUACAACGAGAUUUAGCAGAUCAGAAAGACUACGUUACAUUACAUUGCAAGAACUUGCAGGUUGUACAUACAACCAUAAACGAAAAAUUCAAUCUCAUGGAGCAGAAGCUCAACCAGCUCGAAAUGGAUAACCAGAAACAACAAGCAAUUUUGAAAAAACUUGAAGUGCAAGUAAAAAAGAAUAAUACGCUACUAUUCGGUAACGACAUUGGAAUCGAAUUCGAGGAUGAAACUGCGACUUGCAAAGAAAAUGACGCAAAUGAUGAGACUGACAAAAUUGAAAAGAAUGAGGCAAGUCAAUUUCAAACUUUAAAUAAAGAAUGCCUCUUGGAACAGCCAAACCGGCAGGUCGAUGUGAUUCAGCAUGAAGAUGUUCCAAUAUCUCAGAAUUAUUUAAGCGCAGAAAAAGUUUGGCAACUUAGGGGUAAACUAAAAAAAAUGAUGCCUGCUGAGAUGUCAACUUAUGAAGACCAGAUCAAUGAACUUAAAAGCCAGUUGAAAGAAAUGAAAGAAAAACAUCAGUCAGAGAUAAAUGAAAUGAGAAAUUUAAUUCAGAAAAUGGAAGCUGAGAAUGAAACACACAUUAAAAAAACUUCAGUAUCAGUUGCUCAACAAAAACGAGAGACUAUUCAGAUACCAAGUUAUUUAAGGCCUGCUGAGCUCACAGUGAUCAAUACUGAAUUAAAGAAAAUUGGUGAAAAGUAUCAGGAAACCAAUUUUCCCAACAUAGAAAUUGUACAAGAUAAAAGCUUUGACAGUCAUCCAGUAAUCGAACAACUAAUGAACAAUUAUAAAGGGGUUGUAGCAAUCGAUCGGUUGACAGAUAAAGCGAUAUACAUAGACACAUCAAUACGUUGGGAAAAGUGGGAACCCCCUGUCGUACAUCAGCUUAGAAACAGACCACAUAUGACCUUGUGCGAUUUUAUUGAGGUCAAUUGGGAAGCUAUACAAAAUGCUAGUGGAAUACUUAAAGCCUUUUCCUCAUACCGGUUUUAUGCUGAUAUUUCGGAUAAAUAAGAAAUAAUUUUUAUUUUUAAUAUUGCUCAAUUAUGACCCCAAUCAUUUUUUAAAUAUUCAAAAUAUAGUAUUUUUUUAAUGUUUAAAAUAUUUGGUUUCUAUUGCUUUUGUGUU